CGCAUUUUAGAUAGAAAAAUGAAGUUCUUCGGUGUCGUAUUUUGUAUUUCUAUCGUGGUGUGUUCGUCGUUGAGAAGUGUUUCUGAAGAUGAAAAAUCAUUAAUUUUACGCGAUAAACGGGUUUCAGAUGAUUCUUCAAAUACGAGACAGUUAAUAAAAGAACUCGCAAGGAAACUAAGUGAUUCAGCACAACAAGCUAUAGAAGCAGUAAGAAACUUCACUGUUGGCAUCAAAGAUGAAAUACAAUUGUUCGCAGGGAAAAUUCAUGCUGAUAGACAGAGGUUGAGGAGAAGAAUUAGAGGAGCUAUUAGAAAAAUACCGGAUAAAUUACUUGAGGCUGGAGAGGGAAUAACAACCUGCAUAGAUUCUCAUCGUGAAGAAGCUAAUAAUCUCAUUGAUGGAACAUAUGCCAGGUCCAGAAGUUGUGCUGAUGAUCGUAUAAAAGAAGUGAACGAUAUGAUAGACGAACUUAUGACAGAGUCGAACUCUGCAUUGAAUUAUUCUAAGAAUAUAUUGGAAAGCAUGAGAAAUUGCUCUAUCGAUGAUAAUGGGUCUAUUUUAAAUGUGGGUCAAUGUUUAAGUCCUCUUACAAAUGAGGCUCAGGCUGCUGGAGCAAUAUUCACUUCGAAUAGUGGAAUCUCGAUCACACGUAUCAACUUGGCUAUCGGAACAUUACCAGCUGCCUUCGAAAUGUGCGCUGGUUUUAAUAUGAUAAGAGCAACUAUUGGCACUGCAAAAAUAAUAAUUGACAUCGGAAGAUGCUCGGCGACAUCCGUUAUCACAUCUUUUAUUUUACAGAACGUGUACAGUGUUCUGUCUAAUGAUCAUAAUGUAGAUAACAUUUUAACUAUACAACGAACCUCAGAGAAUCAACGAAGCUUGGCAGAUUUAUGGAAUAACGUAAAGCAUAGUGCAAUCAAUGCAUGGGAAUCCGUGAAAAACAUCGCUAAACAUACUGCAGAAAGGAUAAAUAUAUGGAUACAAAAAGUAAAAACGAAGGCAAAUGAAAUCAAUUUAUCGUUCAAAAGUCGUCUACAGGACAUGAAAAAGGAAAUGAACAAUCUGAUUGCCAGUAUUAAAGUUUCAGGUAUACUUGUUAAACAAUGCAUCAAAAGACAGCAGAAAGCAAUAGAAAAAAUUCUGAAGGAUAUAUUAAUAAAUGUAACGGCUUGUAUAUCACAAAAUACUUACUAUCUACCUCUGUUAGAAGAAACGAGCAAACAAUUACUGAUUGAUAAGGAUGAAUUUAUUGCUAAUAUUGAUAAAAAAUUACAAGCUUGUCUCAAUCAUGAAGAUAUUGACGAAUGUUUUAACGAUGUGAGGAAAAAGGUAUACGAUGAUUUAGAAAACGAAGAAAAAGACAUACUAAAAUAUAGAGAUGCAACCAGAGCAAUUGCAGACGAAAUUUUAGACACAAUUGUUUCUUGUACGAGCAAUGGUCUUAUUGAAGCUUCCGCUGCUAUCACAAAUACAACCAUUCAGAUCAUCAAAUGUGUAUCCGACGCAUCAUUUAACUGAUAAUAAUUGAUUCUAUUCUACUAAUAAGUAUACAUUAUUUACACGUAGAAU